AUGCCCUCCUAUGCUAAGUUCCUUGACGAUGAUAGUACCGUGGCACUCACUGAAGAGUGUAGUGCCAUAAUACAAAAUAAUAUGUCAUCAAAGUUGAAAGAUCCUGGGAGUUUUUCCAUUCCCUGUGUAAUUGCAAAAUUUGUCAUUGACAAGGCCCUUUGUGAUUUAGGAGCUAGCAUAAGCUUGAUGCCUCUCUCAAUUUGUGAGAUGCUAAAUUUAGGUGAUUUAAAGCCCACUGAGAUGUCCCUCCAACUGGAUGAUCGUUCAGUCAAGUAUCCUGUAGGUAUUUUGGAAGAUAUUCCAGUUAGGAUAGGCCAGUUGUACAUCCCUAUAGACUUUGUAGUGAUGGGCAUAAAUGAAGACUCCAAUAUUCCAAUCUUGUUAGGAAGACCCUCUUUAGCCACCGAUGGCGUGAUAAUUGAUGUUAUGAGAGGGAAACUUACUUUUAAGGUUGGUGAGGAGAAAAUUGAGUUUAUUCUUUCCCAGUUUAUGAAAGCUCCAGCUAUCGAUGAUUUAUGUUAUUUUGUGGACAUCAUCGAUGAAUGUUUAAAAUAA